AUGGACGUCAAGGAGACCAAAUGGCUUCUCGCAUCCUGGGUGUCGCGUCAGAUCGUGCUCACGGCCCAAGCGCUUCAAGUGUUUGACGGCGACAAACUUCAGUGGGCGUGCAAACCGACUGCUUGCACAACGCGUAUCCUCGACGCUCUCGAUACCACGCGGCGCUUCCCGUUGGAGCUCUGCGAACACGGCAAGACAGGCGUCCUCAUCAACGCACCCACCGCGUCGGCGCGAGACGAGCUACUCGAGUACUUGUACGCAGCCUCGAACAGCGUUGCGUGGCCAUCGCGCGUCGACCACUGGACACGGUUUCUCUCGGUCGCGCGCCGCAUCAACGAGUCCCAUCCCAUUGGACCAACGGUGCCCAAGUGCAAUGUGAGCAUCGGCCUCGUCCAGCGCCAUCUUGAAGACAUGGUCGACGUCUACAACGUCUCGGGCGCCUUUACCGACAUGGUCGACGUCUACAGCUACUUUUUAGAGCAAGAACGACUGUACGUGGCGGGCGGCGCCAUCAACUUUGCACACACCGUGCAUCGCCUGCACCCUGUGGACUUGUUUGCGAGCAAGAAGCAGCCGCCGUCCACGUUGACGCCGCUUGUCGACAUCGUCAGCACCUGCGCCCACUGCAAGGCACCGCUGCCACCAGCUGUCUCGUUUCAGAUGCACAUUGCGAUGCAGCCCGUCACGUGCCCCGCGUGCGACUGCCCGCUCUUGUACGAGACGUACAAGAUAUUGGGUUUUUUGGCGGCGUACCCCGGUGUCCUGGCCCGCUUUCCCGGUGUCACGGCGUCGCGAUAUGGCGCGAGGCUGCACACGUACCCCGGAGUACCCCGUGACGGUCGGUUCGCGACGUUUUUCGCUGCCUUGCUCGACAUGGUCUUGGGGUGCGAACACACGCUUGAACUUGGUGCGCCGAGCUUGCGCACAAGUCUCCGCAAGCUGGCCGACACCAUUGGUCAAGAAGCGAUCGGCGCCUAUACGAUCGACCUUGUCCAAGGCAUGUUUCGGCAGCUCGACUUUAUCAACAAGAUGGUACCCCACGCCGAGUACUGGAGGCAUCCCCAAGUAUUGGCCGCGGCCAUAGUGCGCUACGAGCAGUUUAUGUACCUCCUCGGGAGGCGCACGCGCAACGAACGCGGCCAUUUUCUGACAACGUUGGUGCCGACAGUCGACAUUGCCCUUGUGUGGCACGCGCACCAGACGACCGAACGCGCGUAUCGCAACUACUGCCGUAGCCUCACCAAGCCCAAGUGCAUUCUGGACGACGACGACGCGACGCGAUGCGAUGAUGUCGCCAAGCGCUACGCCGACACGUACGUGCUAUGGUCUCACACCUUCCGUACGCCGUACUCGAGCUGCCCACCGAGCUGGGAGGCGUGGAUCGGGACCAAGGACCCUGUCUCGCGCCUCGUUUUGCGCAAGAAAUGGACGACGUAUGGCGCGCUGCCCUCCAAAGACAACCGGUUCUUUGGUGUUCACGAGUCGUUUACGGUUGACGCGCUGUCGUAUGCGCAUGGCGUCGCUCAAGCCAACGCGACUCAUGCGCUUGAUCCGAUGCCGGUCUACGUCACGGUGAUUGGGACGCCGGUUUUCGACGCCCGCGUCCGCAUGCCGUUCUCGCACCAGACGCUGCUCAUGUUUGACGGCGGUCUUCCAUACUACCACUUGCCCCACGCCGGUGCGAAUGUCGGCUACGGCUACUUUGGCCAGCUCCAAGGCGGUGGUGCUGUUGUGCACGAUGCUGGCACCGCAUCGUUUGGAUACUUGUAA